UAUGAUACUAGACAUGUAAAAAAAUUGUGAUCGAUUCUACAAAUAAAUUUCAGGUACUUAGAAUUUUUGAUUGGGAAAUGUCCUGAGGGCACCAAACAUAAUUUGCAAAACGAUAAUAAGCAAAACUGUCCCACGUAAUGUUCGCCUAGUAUAUGCCUUGCACGUUGUAUACCAUAAAAAUAGGAUCGAGAGAUUCAAGAGAGUCCCAUGCUCCCAUCUCCAUCUACUUGUCCAUACUGGGAAUUCUGCAUCAACUGCCUGCACACUUUCAUACAUCUUUUCAUACAUAUAUAUUAUCUAAUUUAAUAGUCAUACACCUAGUUAUAGAUAGCGACAGAGAGUCAAUAUAUAUAAGUAUGCACACAUGUACCUUAUGAUGAACACCAACCCACAAAUGGAGCUACACUUUUCUUUCAGAUUUGUCUUCACUUUCUUUAUUUUCUUUCAGCCUUGUCUUUCUUCUUCCUCUUACUUUUCUUCAUCAUCAUCAUCAUCAUCAUCAUCAUCCUUGCUUCCACUGAUUAUCAACUCUACCCAUGAAUUCAGAAACUAUACUGCAAUAUCGGAGUUCCGGGUACUAAAUAGAAGAGUUUUGGGUCAGUGUCCUGAUCCAAACCCAUAUCUUCAAAUAAAUGUUAGUUCGAAUUCUGACCUUUCUGACGAUGAAUUUGUUACGGUUACUGUCAGUGGAGUUUUGGUUCCAGGGGUCAGUGAUUGGGUUGCCAUGAUCUCACCUUCUACUUCUGAUGUCUCAGACUGUCCUCUUAGCUCCCUUCAAUAUAAACAGACCGGUGAUCUAAGCAGCCUUCCUCUUCUUUGCCAUUAUCCUGUUAAGGCACAAUACGUGAACAAUGAUCCAGAUUAUAUUAGUUGCAAGAAGAAGGAAUGCAAGGAACACAACAACAAGGGGGAAUGUGUAGUGAGCACUUGCAGUGGCUCACUAUCGUUUCACGUUAUUAACAUCCGAACCGACAUUGAAUUCGUCUUCUUCACUGCUGGAUUCGACACACCAUGCAUUCUCAAAAGAUCAGUCCCUUUGAAGUUUGCUAAUCCAAAACAACCAUUAUAUGGACAUCUCUCCAGCAUUGAUUCAACCGCAACAUCGAUGAGACUAACAUGGGUCAGUGGAGAUAAGGAGCCUCAACAAGUUCAAUAUGGAGGAGGCAAAUCACAAACAUCACAAGUUACUACAUUUUCGCCAGAUAAUAUGUGCAGUUCAUCAAUUCUACCAAGUCCGGCCAAAGAUUUUGGGUGGCAUGACCCAGGAUACAUUCAUUCAGCUGUGAUGACAGGACUUAAGCCUUCAAGCACCUUCUCCUACAGAUAUGGAAGUAAUUCAGUUGGCUGGAGUGAUCAAAUCCAAUUCACAACUCCAGCCGUUGGGGGAUCGGAUGAACUCAGAUUUCUUGCAUUUGGUGACAUGGGCAAGGCACCUCGUGAUGCUUCUGUUGAACACUACAUUCAGCCGGGAUCACUCUCAGUGACAAAAGCCAUGGCUAGUGAAGUAGCUUCAGGGAAUGUGGAUUCUAUAUUCCACAUCGGAGACAUAAGUUAUGCCACGGGAUUUCUAGUAGAAUGGGACUUCUUCCUUCACCUUAUCAGCCCAGUGGCUUCUCAAGUUUCAUACAUGACUGCAAUUGGAAACCAUGAGAGGGAUUAUGUUGAUUCUGGAUCAGUAUACACAACUCCAGACUCAGGUGGGGAAUGUGGAGUUCCAUAUGAGACUUAUUUUCCAAUGCCAACCCCAGCAAAGGAUAAGCCAUGGUAUUCUAUAGAACAAGGUCCUGUACAUUUCACUGUCAUUUCAACAGAGCAUGAUUGGUCACAAAACUCCGAGCAGUAUGACUGGAUGAAUAAGGACAUGGCUUCAGUUGAUCGAUCAAAAACUCCUUGGAUAAUUUUUGCUGGGCACAGACCCAUGUAUUCUUCCUCUAGUGGCAUUCUUCCAAGUGUUGACAACAAUUUUGUUCAAGCUGUGGAGCCAUUACUACUGGCCAACAAGGUUGAUUUGGUGCUCUUUGGGCAUGUUCACAACUAUGAGAGAACCUGCGCUGUUUAUCAAAAUGAAUGUAAGGCUAUGCCUAAGAAAGAUGGACAUGGAAUCGACACAUAUGAUAAUACCAACUACAGUGCCCCAGUUCAGGUAGUUAUUGGAAUGGCUGGCUUCAAUUUGGACAAGUCUCCAGCUAGUGCUGAUAGCUGGAGCUUGGCAAGGAUUUCUGAAUUUGGAUACGUAAGAGUACAUGCCACAAGGCAAGAUUUAACAUUCGAGUAUGUGAAUGCAAAUACAAGAAAAGUUGAAGAUAGCUUCCGAAUCACUAAAAGUUGAAGUACACCAGAGAGAGAGAGAGAGAGAGAGAGAGAGAGAUAACAUUUGUAUAUGUUGUAUAAUAAUAAAAAAUGAGAAAGCUAUGGCAGAGUGAGUGUCUAGGCCAAGAGACGCUUUUGCAUGGUUUGUAUAAUAUGUACCUAUGUUGUAUCCAAAAAUCAAAAUUAAAAAAUAAAUUAAUAUAUUGAUAUGGUUGUAUAAA